UAUAAGGUUUUUUUUUGCAACAUUAGUUUAUUAUUAACGUAAUUCCGUGUGCGCAAAUAAUGUUUCGUUAUAUUUUUUGUGCAAUUUGUCUUAUUUUAAUUCUCUUUGAUGCUAGUUAUGCGAUGUCCAGACAACAACUCAAAAAUUCUGGAAAAAUGAUGAAGAAAUCUUGCAUACCCAAAAAUGAUGUGACUGAAGAUGAAGUUGGCCAAAUCGAACAAGGGAAAUUUAUUGAGGAUCGAAGAGUUAUGUGUUAUAUUGCCUGCAUUUAUACCAUGACGCAAGUUGUAAAAAAUAAUAAACUAAGUUAUGACGCAAUUGUAAAGCAAGUAGACAUGAUGUUCCCGCCAGAAAUGAGGACCGCUGUGAAGACGGCAGCGGAAAAUUGUAAGGAUAUUGCUAAAAAAUACAAAGAUAUAUGCGAGGCUUCGUACUGGACAGCUAAAUGCAUGUACGAUUUUGAUUCAAAGAACUUUGUUUUUCCCUAAAUAUCAAGUAUGAAAUUUAUAAUAAAAAAUAUUUAGAAAUAAACAGUAUUGGGUAAAGUUUGUUUUGUUUUACUGCAUGAAUGUUCAGGAUAUACACAAUGAAGAUAAUAUGUUCAUGAUCUCAAAACCUUGGCUGAAUGCUGGCUUAAGAUCGUUGAGCUAAUGCCGUUAAUUUGCAUAUCAAAUAUAUUGUAGAAACUUCGCUGAAGAUAUAGUUAAAACCAUAAAUACUUUUAAUUGCAUUUAUCUGAACUUCUGUUAUGUAAUUUAACUAAGUAUGCAUAAAGUGGUAAAUUAGUGUUUACUCACCUUAAAUGACACAAAUUACUCUAUUACUAAACGUAUAAUUUUUGGUGAACCAUUAUGAAACUAAAUUGUAGAGUCUUAAACGUUAACUAUCGUCUAUUGUGUUAUAAUUGCCUUUAUAUUUUCGGCAUUUUAAGGUAUAAAAGUACUGAUAUUUCGUUUUUCAGUUUGCUAUUUGACCGUUAUAUGUGUUCGUUCAAAACCUAUUUCACUGUACUAAAAUUUAAGCAAAGAAAUAUGCGAGCAGUGUUAAUAUUACUAAUAUUUGCAUUUCUCGAUAAUUCCAAUGCGAUGACACGGGCUCAAGUAAAAAAGACAAUGACUGUGAUGAAAAACCAAUGUAUGCCUAAAACAGGAGUGACUGAAGAUAAAGUAGGAAAAAUAGAACAAGGAGUGUUUAUAGCUGAACACAACGUAAUGUGCUAUAUUGCAUGUGUUUAUAAGACCAUACAAGUGAUGAAGAAUGACCGACUAGAUAAAGACUUAAUUUGGAAACAAGUGGAUAUAUUAUACCCACCAGAAAUGAGGGGGCCGACCAAAAAGGCGAUUUCUCAGUGCCUACCGCUCCAGGACCAGUACAGUGAUACCUGUGAAGGAGUGUUUCACUCUACAAAAUGUUUGUACGAAACUGACCCGGCAAACUUUAUUUUUCCAUGAGUACUCACCAGCUUGCUAUAGAGGCUACAGAUGGCAUAUUCAGCACUGAGAUUCAACAUUCAAACGUAUUUUUUAAGCAAAUGUAGCAUAAUUAUAAAAAAUAAAUAGUAAAUACCAUAA